AUGGACGUCGACACCAUCGACGAGCCGGUGGUCAAGGUGCGCGAUAACGGCGCCAUUGCCGUGGAGAAGCCGCGCCUAGACCUGGUCCCCCGACACGAGAAGGCGCGGAAACAGCGGCUGAAGGAGGCUAACAAGGCCUAUGGUCGGGGCAAGGGGAUCAACACCCGGCAGAUCAAGGACAAGAAGCUGAGAAGCAGCCUGAAGCGGCUGGAACACAAGUACCAGGAUGCGGCCGUCAAGGCAAAGGACGCCGAGAUCCUGCUCGAGAACACCGAAGGCUUUCUCGAGCCCGAAGGCGAACUCGAGCGGACCUACAAGGUUCGGCAGGACGAAAUCGCGGCCAACGUCGCCGUCGAGACUGCGCAGAAGCGCUUCGACCUCAAGCUCGACCAACUUGGCCCGUACAUCUGCGACUUUACCCGGAACGGCCGGAACCUGCUGCUCGCGGGGCGAAAGGGCCAUGUGGCCACCAUGGACUGGCGGGAGGGCAAACUGGGAUGCGAGCUGCAGCUCAAGGAGACGGUGAGGGACGUCCGGUGGCUGCACAACAAUCAGUACUUUGCCGUGGCGCAAAAGAAGCAUGUCUACAUCUACGACCACAAUGGCGUGGAGCUGCACUGCUUGAGGAAACACUCAGAGGUCACUCACAUGGAGUUUCUUCCCUACCAUUUCCUGCUGUCGACCAUUGGCACCGCCGGCAAUCUGAAAUACAUGGACACCUCGACCGGCCAGCUCGUCGCCGAAAUGCCCACGCGGCUCGGUCAACCCGUCUCCUUGGCUCAGAACCCCCACAACGCCGUGCUUCACGUCGGGCACCAGAACGGCACGGUGACCCUCUGGUCGCCAAACUCGCAAGAACCACUGGUCAAGCUGUUGGCGCACCGCGGUCCCGUCAGAGCGCUCUCCAUGGAUCGCGAAGGACGCUACAUGGUUUCCACCGGCCAAGACCUGAAGAUGGCCGUCUGGGACAUACGAAUGUUCAAAGAGGUCAACAGUUACCAUACGCGCCAGCCGGCAUCUUCGGUCGCCAUCUCAGACACGGGCUUGACUGCCGUCGGAUGGGGCACCUACACCACCAUCUGGAAAGGGCUGUUCAACAAAAACGCCCCCGUACAGGAGCGGGUCAAGAGCCACUACAUGGCUUGGGGAGGCGAGGGGAGGCGGAUUGAGCGCGUCCGGUGGUGCCCGUUUGAAGACAUCCUCGGGGUGGGCCACGAUCAGGGGUUUUCAUCCAUCAUCGUGCCGGGAGCUGGCGAGGCCAACUUUGACGCUUUUGAGGCCAAUCCGUUUGAGACCAUCAAGCAGCGCCAAGAGACGGAAGUCAAGGGUCUUCUGAACAAGUUGCGCCCCGAGAUGAUUGCCCUGGAUCCCAAUUUCAUCGGAAACCUAGACCUGCGGUCCGACGCGCAGAGAAAGGCGGACAAGGACCUGGAUGCGCCGGCCCAAAAUCUCGCAGAAGAGAUUCGGAACCGGGCCAGGGGUAAGAAUGGCGCCCUCAAGAAAUACCUGAGAAAGCAGCGCAAGAAGAACAUCAUCGACGAGAAGAGGCUGCAGGUGGACGAGCUGUGGAAGGAGCAGCAGCAAAGGAAGGACAAGAAGCGCAAGGAGGUCGAGGCGGACCUGGGACCGGCAUUGUCGCGGUUUGCGAGGAAGGAUUAG